CUAAUCUGUCACUUUCCUCCCUGUCUGCUGCACCAACAAUUACAACAAAAACAAUUACACUUUGGCGCAGGUUAAGCUGUUGUGUCUUUUUGCACUUUUUUCAUAAAAGAAUGGUUAUUACGUAUUUAUUUUCUUUAUAAACUGGGAUAAAUGUGGGAACAAUGGCUCUGUAUAUGAACACAGUGAAGCAACUGGGUUUCAAAGAUUUUAUACAUCAGAAAGGAAAAGGGAGGAUAUCAAUAUCAAGACAACUACUUAAAGCACAUUGCGAUGGCUAUCAUCCACAUAUUUCACGUCAAUUGGCUACAGAACUUCAAAGGUACAUCAAGUCUCAGCCAAAACGUGAUAGAAGAUCUUCAGGAUUUGUUGACGAAAUUCGAAGAAAAAUCAUUCAUUUACAUGAAUAUAAUUUACAAAUUGCUAACGUGAAACUAAGAUAUCCUAGAUCAGAACAACUUGAAGCUUUAUUAAUAAAAUACAUAGAACUAGAAUGUGAACUCUUGUAUGGUUCCGCCAAGGAGGUGGAUAAAAAACAUGAAGAAAGUGUAACAACACGUGUACUGCGACUGCUGCGGGUUAUAGUCCACGAUUCGUUCCAUAAUAGUGAAUCUGACUUAAACUCCACAGUUAAAAUAUGUUAUAAAACACUUCUUAAAUUUUAUGCAAGUGUGAGAGUUGAUUUUGACUGUGAAAAUAAUCUCGUAGCUAAUACUAUUAUAAAUCUUGUCGAUAAGUUGGGUGUUGGUGACACAAUCAAUGCACUAAAAGGAGAAUAUAUUCCUUUACCCGAAGAUUCAUUUUUAACAAACUCGAAGGUUAAGACAGUUCGUCAGAGCUUAAGAACCAGCGAUUAUGAAUCUGAUUUUGACAGUAAAUCUGACGACGAACAUGAAUUGUCUAUGGUCGAUGAUUUAUUUAAUCCCAAACCACAAAAACCGUCAAUGGUUUCAACAGAAAAAUUUAAUUUUCUACCAAGAUAUCAAAUCAAAUCGGAGACGAAAAGUCCGUCAAUUUUUACAAAUGAUAAAUCAACGUACUCGCUCCGAAAUGAAGUGCAAACUAAUUGCACACUUUUUACGGGGAAAUUGAAUAAUCACGUGGACAAUACGGCUCGAAAACAACAAAAUCUGGACGUUCCAAAAAACAGUGACGCAAAAUCAGUUUCUCGCAAUUCAGAAACUGGCAUAAAUGCGGCUAAAAGUAACGAAGAUAAUUCGCAACUUAAGUUAAGUAAGUCGGACCAAAGUGUCUCCACACAUGCAUUAUCGAAUUCUAAAGAGCACACCAAUAGAGAAAAUAAAAUUGCUACGAUUGAGAUUCUUGACGAUGAUGAAGAAACUUUGGAUGUCAAUAAUUCAAAUGGACAAUCGCAACUACCCUCUAACGCUUUUGGAAAUUUUUUACCUGUAAAUGAAAUAAAAUUGGAAGAGAACGAAGAAAACCACUCCCCUAAUUACUCCGUUUCAAACUCGGAGAAUCAGAACUUUUUGAAUUCUAAUAAGGAAACACGAAAUUCAGGUUCAACGGGGCUUAACCGACUGAAAAAUAGUUCUGGCAAUGAUUCUGUAAAAGAUACAGAAUCAAGUAUUUUAAUUUCUGAUUCUGAAGAUGAAUCUGAACCUGGUCAAGCAGGUGCUAAAAAAAUUAACGAUCAUGAAACAAAUGAUAAUUGUUUUACUUCUGAAACUAAUGAAAAUGUAGAGCAACCACAAGUUGAAGAAAUUGUUUUAAAUAAGGAAAAUAAAUCCAGUAAUAAUAUUCAGAAAGAUCAAUUGUCAGAUUCUUCAGGCGUAGAGUCUGAUUUAACGCAGGAUGAAGAUCAAACCUUAAAAAACACACCCGUUGAAGAAGAAACUGAUACCACUCUAACUUUGGAAGAAACAAUAAAUAACAGUCCAACCACACCUGAAAAGCGUGGUGAUUUGGACUUUUCUGUUGAAGUUCCUGAAGAAAUUAUUGUGACGAAAGAGUUUGAUAUACCAGCAGAAACAAAUGUUGCUGAAAUUAUAACUGAGACUGCUGAAGUCGUUUUGGAACAUCAUAAAUCCGCUGAAGAAACUUUAGAAGAAGUUACUCUGCAAACUGAAACCGAAACUGCUGCAGAGUCUGAUGUUUCUGAAGCUAUUCUAGAAUCUCUGGUAGAAAAUAGUGUUUCUGAAGCUGUUGUAGAAACUAUAGUUUCUGAAGAUGUUGCAAAAACUGUAGUUUCUGAAGCUACUAUAGAAACUGAGAUUUCUGAAGAUGUAGAAACUAUGCAUUUUGAAGCAGUUGUAGAAACUGAAGUUACCCCUGAAUCAGAGGUUGUAGAAGGAAUUUUUGAAACUACGGGAGACACUGAAGAAACUGUUGAGACCGCAGUUGGAGAUGAAAAUACUGAAACUGUUGUUGAAACAGUAGUUACUGAAGAAAUUGCGGAAUGUAAUGAGACAGAAGUUGGAGAAGAAAUUUCUGAUACUACUCUACCAACAUCAGUCACUGAAGAAAUUGUUGAGUCUAAUGUAGCAACAGAAGUUGUGGAAUUAAUUUCUGGCCCUACUGUACGAACAGCAGUCAUAGAAGAAAUUCCUGAAGCUGAUGUAGAGAGAGAAGUUGCUGAAGAAAUUCCUGUUUUGGAAACAACAGUCACUGAAGAAAUUGCUGAAGUCAGUAUAGAAACCGAAUAUGCGCAUGAAACUUCUGAUGCUAUGGUAGAAACUGUGGUCCUUGAUUCUACUGUAGAAACUGUGGUAACCGAAGCUCAUGUAACCACUGAAGAAAUUUCAGAAGCUACUGCAGAAAUUUCUGAAGCUAUUGAAACUGAAGUUCCUGAAAUUGUUGUUCAGACUGAAGACACUCAAGAAAAUUUUACAGCUACUCCAGAAACGGAAGUAACCGAAGAAGUGUCUCAAGGUAUUGCCGAAACUGAAGCUACUAAAGAAAAUCGUGUUGAAAUUUCUGAAAAAAAUGAAGAAGUCAUUGACUUUUCAGUAACCAAGAACGAUCCAGGGGAAGAACUCACAAAUAACAAGCAAAAUUCUGCCACUCCUGAAAUAUUGUCCAGUCUUGAAUUAGUUCAAACUAAAGUUCUUGAAUCUUCUGAAGACAUCCAAUCAUUGAACACUCAUUCUGAUGUUCUGGCACAGGAGCAAACUCACACCACACCACAAACUGAUGCAUUUAUUCCCGUAAUAGAUUAUUCUAUCAAGAUGCAGACUACGUGUGAUAUAAUUACUACUAAGGAAAAUCAGUUUGGUGAAGUUAGCCAGUCCGAUUUACACGCCUACGGUGUAAAUACCCAAUGUCACAACGUUUUAAGACCGGAAAUGUGUCAGGAAACACAAGGCAAGGACGGUGUCUCUCAACAAUUACCAACGUAUGAGUUGCCACAGAGCCUUUCUGAAGUCCAGUAUGUUGAAUAUGAUAGUCCGAAAAAAGAUGCUGCUUUGGCGAUGUUGGCAGACCUUGCAUUUCAACGAAAAACACUCGAAGUUGAAACCAAUAAGAAAAAUGGAUCGGAUAUGAACCUCCAAACAAUUCCAAAACGCAGAAAAUCAACCAAAGAAAAACUGGAAGUUAAAAACCCCAGUUCUAGAAAAAGCUUACCAAGAGCCGUGAAACAGCCCCAAAGAAGACUUAAAGGAAAUGAAAAUAAGAAAAUAAUACGAAAAAAUUUGACAAAAUCUUUGGACUCCAUUGUAGAGAAUGAAGGACCUUUGAAACUGGUUCGAAACGAAGAUCCGAAAUAUAUUCCUCACGAUUUUAUUUCGCUGAAAAAUUCUAAUCAGCCUCCCCUAACUAAUAAGGUUUACGCCGAAGAACUACAGGACAAUAUCCCAACAAGCGAAGACAGUAAUGAUAGUUGCGCAAAUAAGUUAUGCAUCGAUGAGGAAACAAUUCCUGAAGUUUGUGUGAAGAGUGUGGACAAGAAUAAAAUUUUUGAUGAGGACACAAUUCCUGAGGUGUUCGAAUUUGUAACAACAGAAAGUGCAAGUGCUGUUUGUAUCAGUAUACCAGAAAUUGAAGAAAACCGCGUACUUGAGAGUUCUGAUAUUUUGAAACAAAUGGAAGAUUUUGUUAAGAAAAACGACAAUGUACUAACAAAUGUCGUUAACAGUGACCAACCAAUUGAAUUAACUUCGCCUUCUGUAGAAAAACCAGAGACUAAAGUUCUUAAAACAACCGACCAUAGUAUUGUAAACAUAUUAAAUAGGACACCAAACGCAGAUGCAAAAAUUGACACGCCUGCUCCCGAACUACCUGAAAACCUUCAACAAGAGGAUGAGGCAACUACAGAGACGCCAGAGAGUGCUGAUUCUAUUUCAACAAUCAGUGAUUCACCUGAAAAAUCAAGUGCCAAAAGUACCGAUACAGUCGGUACUCCAUCCGAUGACGGCAGAAUAUGUAAUGAAGUUGAUGAGGCUCUGCAGCUAGGACCCAGAGAUCUUACUGUGGGGAUGGCUACAGUUGUAAGAAGUGAAGAUAGUUGUGAGAAAAUUUUCAAAACUAAAGCUCAGAUGAAAGCAUAUGAGGACAAGUUGCAGCCCAAUCCGUUUGUACUUCUAAUGAACUACGAAAAGUGUUUGGAACAACGAACAAAACGGCGCUCUAAAAGUUCGGAAGGCAAACAACAACCCGCGAGCUGCCUUGAUAGAGGCAGGUCGUCAAGUGUGGAUUUCACCUCGUCAGACUUGCCUUUCAAUAAAAUCAAAGAGUCGUUAAGGUUGGACAAGUCGACUGUCGAUAAAAUUCAAGCUUUGAGUGAUAAGACUGCUGAAAUUGCUAAAGAUUCAACAGAGGCCACUAAUACGGAAUUGGUUCAAGAAAACACGCAAAGUGAUAAUUUGGAAAAUACAGAACCAGUUGUUACAGUAGAUAUUGAAACAACACGAGAAGUUCCAGCUGUUGAAGCUGUUCCUCCUAAGCCAGCUUGCGGUGAAGUUACGGUCUCUUUGGUCAUUGAUGUGGCCGAAAAAUUGGCGAAUUUACCUGUAAGUGACGAAGGAAAAGAAGAAGUGGCUCCUGUGAAAUCUACAGAUGAAACUCUAAUAGCUGAAGAUCUAUCGCAAAAGCCAGUGGACCUGAUUUUGAAUGCUAAAGAAACUUGUGGUUCUGUUAGUCCUGACAAAACCAAUUCUAAAACUUUGGAUGCAACUAAAGGAAGAUCUCUAGAAAACACUAUUAAAAAAAUGAAAGAGAAGAUGGAAUCUGAAAAAGUUAAAAAGGAAAAACGUGAAAAUAGUGCCAAUAAAACGAAAAGCAAUAAUUUACGAGAAUCUGAGAAGGAAAAAAAGUCGUCGGAGACAAGUAAAAAAGAUGACAAACAUCACAAGAGAAGACGUAGCAGAUCCUCGUCCAAGUCGCGGUCAUUCGAUAAGAAAUCAGAUGAGUCAAGUAGGUCUUCUUCAAAAUCAAAGACUUCUGAUAAACGUUCGAAAGAGAAACAUAGCGACAGCGAGAGCGAGCGACUAAGACGAAGUAAAUCCAAAUCGGUGGAUAGUCAAUCGCAUGAAGAACCGAACGGUCACAGAAAAAGACACCACAGUUCUUCCUCAAAGCCGAAAAAUGAAGAUGCCAAGUCUCGGCAAAGUUCUGAAAAAGUAUCAAAACACAAAUCUUCAGAAUCGAAAGAUAAAUCAAGCGUCGACAGUGAUAAAAGAGAAAGUAAGUCGUCAUCAGAACUAAAGGAUAAGCAGAGCGAAGACUCUGAAAAUAAGAAAAGAAAGUCACACGAAACUUCUGAGAAGAAACACAAAAGCAAAAAUGAAAAACCCAGAGAUAAAGAAAAUGAGGAAAAAGUCAAGAGUAAAACAAAUACAAACGAUGAUGUUAAGAAAAAACCCCGCCUUGAUAAGUCCGUGAUGCCCAGCGACGAUAUCUUAUUUAAGGUGGAUGAAAAAGUAAGCAAAACCGUUUCAAAGAAAGUGAGCAAAACACAGGAAGAUUCGAAAAAAUUGGCCGACAAUGAUAAUAAGCAUAGUAGUCACAAGACGAAAUUGUGCAACUCGGGGAAGGUUAAUGACCAAGGCGGCAAAAACAAUGGAAGAGUGAACGAAAAGGAAAAGUCAAAAUCGAAAGAAGAGGAUAAGUUUCGAAGGAGUAGUUCAAAAGAGAAGAAGGUAGAGAAUGAUAAACGAGACAAACGAUCAAGGGAAACGGAUAGCUUACGUCACAAAAAUAAAGCAACAGAAUGUGAAGGCACGCACGAAAAUAAGGGCAAGGACAGGGAAAACUCCACCGAAAGUAAAGCGAGUCCCACUGUUAGGGAAAGUAAACAUGUUUCCAAGCAAAAGGAUGAUAUACACAAGAAGCGGAAAAGUGACUUGCUUGAAGAUGCACCUCUUGAAAAAAUAUCAAGGUUGGAGAACGAAAGAAUACCUGAAGAUGUUAAUAUGGAACGACCUAAAACCCCAACUAUAUGUCUCUUUGGAGCCCAAGAAAACGAUUCCAAGUCAAUUGAAUUGCAAGGAAAAACUCACUCUGAGAACAAAACUGAUUUAGACAUCCCCUUGCCAUUGGAAAACCUGACUGAAUCUUCGGAACCAGUUGGUGAAGUAGCGAAAUCAGUUACUCCAGUUGUGACCACAGACAUAAAAAUGACAACAGCAGAACCUUUGGAAUCGAUUGUUGAAGUAGAGAGACCAAUUACUCCAGUUGUGACCAUUUCAACAAUAACUUUGACAACGGUAGAACCUUUAGAACCGGUUGAAGAGGUGGAGAAACCAGUCACUCCAAUUGUGACCGCUUCAGAUGUAUCCUACGACCACUUUAAAAACGAUAUGAGAGGAGUCCGCGAAACUCCAAUGACUUCUACGUUCAUUGAAAGCGAAAAACACUCAAAUUCUGCUAAACCACCUAUAAAUGAUUCUCUAAACGCGUCAAAUAAGGCAUUGCCAGACGAUAAAAUCAAGGUUUUUGACCCCCACUUAACCAGCGCGCCUGAAAUUAUAAUCGAGUCAAGCAGUCCUAUGAAGAUGCUGCUGCAAAAUGACAACGUUUUCGUCCCGUCGUCUGAGGCAGUAUCGGUCAGUGGUGUUUUUAGUAGUACGAUCGGUGACCACGUCUUGUCUUCCACUGUUGAUUCAACUGUUAAGCAUUUCCCAGAUUUAUCUCUUGUAUCGACAACAAUCGCCAACAGUGCCGCAACUAAAGCAGUGUCCAUGUCCUGCGAUGUUAGACCAUCUUCAUCGUCGACGACCGCUGACCAAGACAAAACGUGUCUAUUCACAUUCAACAACGGAGAAACAGUUAAUCGUGACAACUUAAGCACGACGGAAAUAUUUGGUUUGGAUGACAUUUCCCCAACUAAAUUACCACCCUUAGGGAGCACCCAGUCCCUCGAUUUCAUCUCCCCGACGACUUCGACGGCCGAAAUCAGCACGUCGAUGAACCUGUUGCAAACUUUAGGCACUUCGACUAUUAAUUUUAUGAACGAAGUGCCUGAUACUUCGGGUAUAGACGUGCAAACGAACAAGCAGAAUUCUUUCCACCCCAAUUACGUGACACGUGUCACGGAGAUUAGCUGCUUUGGGGAAAAGGAAUCAGCAGCCGAUCAUAACUAUACUUUGGGAGGUCCCCUGUUGGGGGGAAACAACGAGGAGAGAACCAUUUUAACCACUGGGCUAUCUUUGAGCAACUCGCCUGACGAUUUCCCGUUGAAUGCGCCUCAUUUGGACGAACUUUCCUUCAGUGAGAAUAAUUACAUCGAAGAAAAUGAAACGUUGGGAGACAUGGAAUUGUUGCUGCCUUGUAAAAAGGAGAAACCCGAUUUUGACACCGAUGAUCCCAUUCCUAAGCCAGAGGACGUCCAAAAUGAGAUCAAACGGUUGAACAUGUUGGUGGACAUUUCGCAAAGCGAGCCGAAGACAACCUCAGUCCGUAACACCAUAGACCAUGGCAGUAAUAGUGACUUAGGGACGGACUAUGCUGUUGAACAGUUGGAGUUGCUGUCUCAGGUUGUUGGCGACAUCAACAACAUCAAUAUUAUGGAUUCGAAUGUUUCGUCGAGUGAUGCAAUGACCGAGACUACUUCACAUGAUCCUAUCAACUUACCCUUGAUAUGGAAUAGCUACUCUAACUUUAUUUCAAGCGAUGGCAACCAAAAGGUCGUAGUGGAGCCAGUGGAACAGUGUUCAAUCUCAACGGUAGAUCACGUGAAAAAAGACUUCAUCAACGGAACUACUCCAAUUACCGUCAGGUCUAACAAAUUCCCAACUUUCGUGGAAGACGAAACAAAAGUGAACCACACAGUUCGCAAAAACAGGAUGCGUGUCGUGUCUCCCGAAAAGAGCGCAACAAUGCCAGAAACUGGCAAAAUUCGAGUCAAAACAGAUCUAAUUGCCAAAAGUAAAAGUGAGAAUGGACAAGAACAAAUAAAACCAAGCAAACCACCUUUGGGUUGCUCAAGACUUAGCAAAUUUGCACCUUUACUGGAGGCCUUGUCCAAUAGAAACAAAACUGAUGCCAAUAAGAACGAAACAAGUAAAGCUCUGGACGAGACUGAAAAGUUUUUGGCUCGGAGACACAACAGAACGCGUGUUUCGACUCCGAAGCAGAAUAUCGUUACGCAACAACGACACUCGAAAAGUCCACCGUUAAGUAAAAAGCCCGAGAUAGUGUCCUUUGACAUCGACGUAACCAAACCGCAAAAAAUGGCCAAAAUCCAAGUCAAAACCGAUUUAAAAGCUGCGGACAUCACUGAUGUCACGGGCAAUUUCCAAGACAAGAAAGUGGAAGAACAUAAGGACAGUUCAACGAAACAUAAAAUAAAAGACACUUUGGAGAAAAAUGAAUCUAAGGUGGAUGAUGGUAAGAAGCGGGCAUUGGUUGAGGUUGAGGAAGACAAGAAGCCAAAGAAGUUGAAGGAGGGGCGGCCACACCCCCGUUUCGACGAAACCGGCAAGGAUUACAUCAUGGAGAACAUAUUGAAUGUCCAGACCGAAACCAAGAAAACUAGUCUGAGUGCAAGUGCUGAUAACCAUGUGGAAAAGGUUGAAUCAGAAUCUACGAAACCAGCACUGUCCAGCACGGACGAUAUUUUCGAUAAGUUGCGCCGUGAAGGCCCCGUCAAUAAACUGUGGACGCAGGAAAUGCUCAAAAAACAGCAGACCAAGACGGAGGUCAACGACGUCUUGAAAAAGCGAGGGUAUUACACGGUGCCCGACGACCAGCCAAGCAAGACAAACAACACUAGCGACCAACUGAAAAACCGGGGGUACUACACAGUGCCUGACCCGACCAGCGAACAGCAAAACAAGAAAGAAAUCACUAACGAAAUACUGAAAAAUCGCGGCUAUUACACGGUUCCCGACGCCAAAAAGGAGAGAAAUGCCCCGCAGUUCCACCCUUACCCCGAAGCCGAAGCGAGAAGGGACCAUAAAAAAGCCGCAAACUACACACAUUCGAACCGGCGACCGUUGCAUAACACGGAUCCUAUGGUCCAUACGUCGCCUAAAAGGUUUAGGAAAGCUCCGGGAAAUUCGUCCACUUCGAAAAGCGAUCCACAUUCGACGCACGACUAUAAGCCGCAAGAUAGGCGGCGGAGUACAGAACAAAUGAAUAACGGAGUGGCCAAUUCUAGCGAAACGAGUAAGCAGGAAGAGGACGCGUUCUCGUGGAUUCACCGAUUUAAUGGCUUGUUUGAUCCGUCUCCUAAUUUAUUUAAUACAGGUUAGUAAAGAACUAAACGAAAAGAUACGUCGUCGCAAAAGUGAAAAGUCAAGCAUUUUUAUCAUGUUGCAACCAAAAACCUCUGCCUUCGGUUACGUAAUUUUUAAUCUUUUUAAAUUAUUAUAAUCGUUUCUUUGUAAGUAGGUUUAUUGUACAUUCUUUAUAUUGUAGAUAUAUUUUUAGUUUUUACAUGAUAUUAUUUUAUUAUACUUUUAUGUACCUAAUAAUUUUAGUGUAAAUAUUUCAAUGUUAUUUAUCGCGAGUCUGUUGAGAAAAUAAAAUUUUGUAAAAUCCUUAA